UGUUGCGCUGGUUCCAUGUCACUUUUCGUUCUUUACUAUGGCAAUUUCGACUGGUCACCAGUGGAGUUGAGAGGGUGAAACAUGGCGGCGCUCACGGUCGUCCUUCGAAAAACGUCCGCAUUUACAAAGUGCAUACUGCGUCCGAUCGCCUGUGCCAGCGAGUCGCACCACCGCCAUGCAGGCACAUACCACUACUCCCUCAUCCCUAAAGGGAGGGGUGGCCGGUCUUCAUUCAGCGGCAUCGUAGCUGCGGUGUUUGGCGCCAGUGGAUUUCUGGGCCAGUAUGUUGUCUCCAGACUAGGUCGCGAGGGGUCACAGGUCAUGAUCCCACACCGCUGCGAUCACUACCACCUGAUGCACUACAAGGUCAUGGGGGAUCUGGGUCAGAUCCUCUUUAGGCAAUGUAAUUUGCGAGAUCUGGAUCUGAUCGCGGACAUCAUGCAACACUGCAACGUGGUGAUCAACCUAGUAGGCAAGGACUACGAAACCAGGAAUUUUACCUAUGAGGACACGCACAUAGAGGGCGCCCGUAACCUAGCCCGCAUUGCCAAGAAGACGGGCGUCGACCGCUUCAUCCAUGUGUCGGCGCUCAGCGCCAACAUGGCGUCGCCGUCGAAAUUCCUUCGAACAAAGGCUGCUGGCGAGACGGUCGUGAAGGAGGAGUACCCUGAAGCCACCAUCCUGAAACCCGCUCAGAUGUUUGGCAGAGAAGACCGAUACUUCAACCAUUUUGCCAAUCAGAGAUUCUUUGGCGGUGUUCCCUUGUACGUCACAGCAAGUCAAGUAGUCAAGAGGCCCGUCUAUGUGGCCGACGUUGGACAAGCUGUCAUGGAGGCCAUCCGAAACCCAGAAACGGCAGGCAUGACCUUUGAACUCGUCGGUCCCAACGGCUACCUACUACCCGACCUGAUUGAUUUCAUCUACCGCGUGACGCGCAGACCCUAUAUCAAGUACCCCGUCCCUAGAUAUCUGCUGCGCUUCGUGGCAGGCGCCCUGGAGAAGUGGCCGUUUGAGCCACUGAUGACGAGAGACAUGCUAGAACUGCAACACUCUUCGGAGUCGGUCUCCCCCGGCAUGCCAGGCCUAGAGGAUCUGGGCAUCACCCCUAGCCAGGUGGAGACGGCGGCGAUACGCGGCCUGCGCAGGCACCGCGCCGAUCGCUACUUUGAUCUUGGAAUCGACGAGGUCGAACCAGCGCCCACCGUCAAGUAGAUGCGGAGUUGUG